CGUCACGUGAGAAGAGUUGCUGUCUUUCACUGUAGUUUUAGUGAAGUAUAGUCGACGCAGUUAGUUUGCAGUUUGGGUACUGGAGAUUGACAGUAUGGCUGAUAGACACGGUCAUGGUGAUGGUCAUGGUAUGGGUCCUUGUGAAUGUGAAGCGGAGAAAGAUAGUCCAGAUCGCGGAUUUGAGUUUGGUCUUUAUAAGAAGAUACAUUUGGAACGACUGCAAUGUCUGAACGAGAGCCACGAGGGGGCGGGCCGGUUAGUGUUUAAACCUUGGGAGCAGCGUGGGGAUAAAAGCAAGUUUGUAGAGAGUGAUGAUGAUGAAGAGCUGCUAUUUAAUAUUCCGUUCACUGGUAAUGUGAAGCUGAAAGGAAUCAUUCUCAUGGGGGAAGAUGAUGAAACCCACCCUUCAGAAAUGAGGCUUUACAAGAACUCCCCGUAUAUGUCAUUUGAUGACACAGAGCGACCACCUGAUCAGGAGUUUAAACUAAACCGAGAUACCACUGGAGACCUGGUAUAUCCUGUAAAGGUUGCACGUUUUUCAAGUGUGAACCAUCUUUCCAUUCAUAUCUCCAAAAAUUUUGGUGGAAGCAUAUCCAAGAUAUAUUACAUAGGACUGCGUGGUGAAUGGACAGAGGCUCGCAGGCAUGAAGUGACCAUCUGCACUUAUGAAGCUGCUGCUAACCCAGCAGAUCACAAAAUUGAUUUAUUUACUCCUCAGACCCAGUUCAUCUCUUGAGAGAUGGUUUCAAAUGGUACGUGUAAGCGACUGUGUCCUGCUUGGCAGACUGCUGUGGUUGCUGGUGUUUUCUCUGAGCUUCAGACACAUAAAGAUACUGUCUAGGAGGCAUUCUGCAUUCCAUACACAGCAAUGUGAAAUCAUCCCAGGCUCACCAGUGCUAUAUUCAGACUAAGAAGAAAUAAACUGUUUGGUGAAUUAUUUUUUGCCUGUUGUGCUGAUAAAUUAUCAUUUGUCCACAGUGACUACAAACAGCUUGUUUGGACAAUAAAACAGAGAAGAAAAAACAGAAAUAAAAUACAUUGAAGAAAUGAUGCAGCAUGGUUUGGAAUUGGGAGACUGGUUUUAAACCUUGUGUUUUUCUGUUGUGUGUUAUUGCAUCAUAUGACCUAAUAUAGCUGUACUGCAGUUGAUGUAAAGUAAGAUUUUGAGAAAUAUGCACUGAGUGUGGUAAUAUUUUUUUAAGGAAUUACAUUUGUUGGCUUUAUUUUGUGACAGUUGGAAAAACGUUAAUUUGAAUAUUUAGAUCUCGUAAACUAACUUUUCUGUAAUGUGUGUGCAUUUGUUUAUAGAACUGACUUCCCCUCCUAGCUUAUGGUGAGAUCAUUUUCUGUGGUUCUUUGGUAUUCUCAUUAAUGUAGCUGUCAUCCUAUGUACAUCUUUUUCUCAUCACACGUGCACACUGAGACAGCUGCAUAUUGUAGUGCUGCUUUUAGUUAAUAUUUUGAAAUAGACACUUGUCCAGCAGCAGCCUGCGUUGAAAGCUUUUAAACAUGGUUGUACUGCUGUGUGAGUUUCCAUGACAAGCCAGCCUUCCUAUCAAGCUCUUUCCAUUAGUUGAAGUUUGGAAGUCUUGGAGUACUGGCAUCAUAUAUAUUUCACUGCUGAAGUUCACAUUGUAGCAGAUUAUCUGCAGGAUCUGAAGGCUAGAUUGUUGGAAGGGAGAUGAUAUGACUGCAGAGAUUUACUGAAUGUGUUACAGUACUUGCUAUAGCUAAAUAUCAGCCUACUACUAGGACAGUUCCUACAGUGUAUUAUGAAAUGCUAUUCAAUAGUCAGACCUGUUGGUUCUGUACUGAGCUUUUCAGUUUGUCUGAGAAGUAGUCUAGCCAUACAUUCAGUCAUUUAUAUUACUUUUCAUAGCAGUACACUGAUGCAUUGCAAACCACACCGAAUGAGGUGCCAGUCAUUCUAAUCAGUUUAAUCCAUUUCAUGUGAAAGUUGUCUACAAGGUUUUAGUUUGUUUAAUCCCAAGUAAUCCUAUAGAGUAUUAUUUAAGGAUGCAGUUUACUUGGACACUGGGUUCUUGCAUUUCACUUGACAGCAUAGAUGCAUUUGUAGUUGUUGAACACAAUAUAUUGUUUGACUUUACUUGCUAGUUUGUGCAUUACUGAUCAUUUUUGUUGACUUACUUAGAUUCUGGAUACCUUUGCCUUGUAAUGUAAAGGUCAUCUCUGCAUCUUCAAAUGUUGAUUUUUGUGUUGUUCUAGUCUGUACGAUUACAUUCUGAUCCUUGCUGUGUCAUGUCCUUUUAAAAGAUAAAGCUGUAUGCAAAUCUGAAAACCGGCAGGGUCAGGACAAACCCACAUGGACAGUAGUGGUGAUGUGAACUCUUGUCAACGUUGUUUCUGAAUCACAAAAGUGAAUAAAGCAUCAUCCAUGAAUUGUGUUAAUA